UUCUGUUUUUUUUUUUUCUGUAGGAAAGGAAUUGAUCUAUGAAAAGAAAAGAGGGCGUCACCGACCAUUUAAGAGAGUAAAUUGCAGGCGAAGUUAGCUGGUGCCAAGCCUAUACUUGCUUAUCUUCCCUUCUUACAGCGCGCGCUUGAUAUGUAUGACUUGGGUGACGUUGCAGCGUGAAUCACGCGCGCAGUAAGGAUGUGCAGAAACAAUAGGCCUGAACGUCAGUCGCUAUUCUAAGAUUAAAUUAAUUUCGAUAAAUGUACGCUAAUGAGGCAUAUAAAAUAUUGCGCUAUCAAAAGACUUACCCUAUUGUGACGCGCAAAGUUAAUUGAUUAAUUGAUAGAUAAUUUUUUAUUGACUGAUUUGAAUGCGAUCUGAAGCGCGCGCGCGCCAACAAAGAAAGUCGCACACGAUUUGACACAUGGCGGCAAGGACGCGCCUACAGGAUCAAUCCACACAGGAGGCAAAAUUUAAUAUCUUAAACCCUGAUGGCGCGUUCGCAGCCGAGGACGCGCAGCCAGGCUCCCUGCAGCAACACUGCCGCACGUUCAUUUUGCAGGCGAUGGGACUGAAGCGCUUGGCACGUAUUGUCGAUCUUCCGAUCCCGAAGACGAUGAUCAAUUUCUUAGCCAAUCAGCUUACAGUGGACGACUUUUACGUCAACCGAAAUAACUUGAACUCUCAGCACAUUUCGCACUGCGUGUACCCGGCCAAGUGCCUUCUCGACAUGUCCGAGGUAUUGUUAAAGUGCGUGCCUCCCUGCUUAGCAGAUGAUCGCGUUAAAUCCGCCAUGGAGGCUUGGAGUGGGGUAAGCCAUCCAAAUAUUAUGCAAAGUCUAGUGCAGUUCAGCCAGGGAGGCACCGACAUUAUUGUAUUUGAAUACCCUCCCGUUGCCCUUCUGGACAUUCUUCAUGAGCGUAAAGGACUGCGGAGACUAUUGCCGGAAUACCUAAUAUGGAAAGCGCUUUGUGAGCUGUCCUCAGCCUUGAAGUACCUAAACGACAAAGGAAUUAUCUACGAAACUUCCACGCCAAUCGACCGCAUCUCUUUUGAUGAAAACGGAACAUUAAAACUGGACAGUGGCUUGUUGUACAUGGCUUCUGCGCAAGACAACAUGAACGCCAUGGCUAUGGGGGAUAACGGCACGGGAAUUUAUUCCCCUCCGGAAAUUUUGAAAGGACAGGUAUUUAGCCCUGGAAGUCAAGUAUGGCUCCUUGGGUGCGUGCUAUACGAGCUCGCUACAAUGGAACCCCCAUAUAAGAUUGUAGGAACAGACAUGUUUAGCGCUCUGGCUAACAUCAUGGAAGGCAGACCCCCUGAAGAUAUUAACGAGAACUUCUCCGAGGAGCUGAAAACCUUGAUUCGUGACUGUCUGAAUGGCGAUCCCGACCUGAGACCGAACAUGGACGAGCUCGCGAACAGGACAUCUGUCGUUACAGAGAGAAUGAAACAAGGCUACCAAGGGCCGGAAAUUGUCGAUUUGUAAUUAAAGAAGCAUCACAGCGACUCCUCUAAGUUGGAAGAAACUUAGAUUAAUCUUAGUUCAAGGAAUAUAAACAGUUCAUUGCGCUGAUAGACGCCACACUCUUUGAAUCUGGAGUACAUUUUAACACGUGUCAAAAAUGCUAAAAGUUCCAAGUGAAAAGUACUACACUAUCCGAAA